AUGCCCUUAUUCUACUUUCAGAAUGCUUCCCCAGCCAGGACGCCUCCCGCCCGAGCAUCUCCCACCAGGGCAUCUCCUGCCCGGACAUCUCCAGCUCGGGCAUCUCCUGCCCGGACAUCUCCUGCUCGGACGUCUCCAGCUCGGGCAUCUCCAGCCCGGGCAUCCCCAACCCGGGCAUCCCCAACCCGGGCAUCCCCCGCCAGAGCAUCCCCGGCCCGGGCAUCGCCUUCCAGGUCAUCAUCUGGCAGGUCAUCAUCUACCAGGUCGGCCUCCACGACUGCCUCUCCUACUAGAGUGUAUCUUGUUAGAGCAACACCAGUAGGGUCAGUACCUGUGCGGACAUCUGCCAGACCACCUCCGGCCACCAGGACCACCAGGGCUGCUGUGGAGAGUUCAGGUCACAGCUUGCCCAAGUUCACCUGGGAGGAGAGCCAGAAGCGGCUGCCACUCAUCGGCUGUGUCAUUCUCCUCAUCGUCCUGGUGGUGUCGCUCAUCCUGCUCUUCUACUUCUGGCGGGGCCCCAUAGGGAUCAAGUACAAGGAGCCAGCUGAGAGCUGCCCUAAGAAUGCUGUUCGCUGUGACGGAGUGGUAGACUGCAAACUCAAGAGUGAUGAGCUGGGCUGUGUGAGGUUUGACUGGGACAACUCUCUGCUUAAAGUUUACUCUGGAACCUCCCAAAAGUGGCUUCCUGUCUGCAGUGACAACUGGAACGACUCCUACUCUGAGAAGACCUGCCAGCAGCUGGGCUUCGGGAGUGCUUACCGGACAACAGAGGUGAAGCACAAGGACUUUACCAGCAGUUUCUCUGUCUCUGAAUAUAACUCCAGCAUCCAGGAAAGCCUUCGUAGGUCUGAAUGCCCAUCCCAGCAUUAUGUCUCUCUGCAGUGCUCCCACUGUGGAUUGAGAGCCAUGACCGGGCGGAUCGUGGGUGGGGCACUGGCCUCAGAGAACAAGUGGCCUUGGCAAGUCAGUCUCCACUAUGGUACCAUCCACAUUUGUGGGGGCACGCUGAUCGACGCCCAGUGGGUGCUCACUGCUGCCCAUUGCUUCUUCGUGACCCGGGAGAAGAUGCUGGAGGGCUGGAAAGUGUAUGCAGGCACCCACAACCUGCACCAGCUGCCCGAGGCUGCCUCCAUCUCUGAGAUCAUCAUCAACAGCAACUACACGGAUGAGCAGGAUGACUACGAUAUCGCCCUCAUGCGUCUCUCCAAGCCGCUGACGCUGUCUGCUCAUAUCCACCCUGCCUGCCUCCCCAUGCACGGACAGACCUUCAGCCUGAACGAGACCUGCUGGAUCACAGGCUUUGGCAAGACCAAGGAGACAGAUGAUAAGACAUCCCCUUUCCUCAGGGAGGUGCAGGUCAACCUCAUCGACUUCAAGAAGUGCAAUGACUACUUAGUCUAUGACAGUUACCUCACUCCAAGGAUGAUGUGUGCUGGAGACCUGCGGGGAGGCAGAGACUCCUGCCAGGGAGAUAGCGGGGGACCUCUUGUCUGCGAGCAGAACAACCGCUGGUACCUGACUGGAGUCACCAGCUGGGGUACAGGCUGUGGCCAGAGAAACAAACCCGGUGUGUACACCAAAGUGACAGAAGUCCUUCCCUGGAUUUACAGUAAGAUGGAGCGGGAGGUGCGCUUCCGGAAAUCCUAA